CUUACCGGGGUUAGCAGAUUCUCCAGCAGUGUCUGCAAUGAAGUGUUAGCAAUAUUAGUCACAGAUGACAAGGAGUCUGCUGAUGAGCAAGAAUUGUGAUGAAGAGGAAGAUGAUGAAGCUGGGCUCUCAGAAUGGGAGUCUGGUGAAGAAUCUGAGGAGGAGGAGGAGGAGGAAGAAGAUGAGGAGUGUGAGGAGGAUGAGGAGGAGGAUUCUGGAUGGUCAGAUGAGGAUGAUGAAGGAGACUCUGAGGCAUCAGCAGAGAGUCUUGAGCUUUGGGAAUCCUUCCUCAACAGCAGUGACCCUCACAACCCUUUGAGCUUCUGCUCGUCCAUCAGCUCCAGAACAAACGCGAAGCAAAAUCAACAAAGUCCCUGCUCACAGAGCAAAACUCAGUCUGCGCCAGAUACAAGACUAGAAGAGUGUGAGCCAAGACCAGGGGCGUCGCUAGGGCUUCGCUUUCCAUAUUUGGGUCUGAUGCAAUCCGGUCUCAACCAGACGCUCAGAGGCUUUGCCCAAGCCCCGCCCACUUACUGGACUUUCUCGAAACGUAGGGAAACGUGCACUACGUGA